AUGAGAGCCACCGCCUUCCACUCCUUCGACAGUUUUUCCCGCCGGUCUGCCUCAGAUAAUCGGUGCAUGCUUUCGUUCACGAACUUGCGAAUCGCCUUGACGUCGCGUUCGAUCUGGAUUAACUCUUUUCGUUUCAUCAAACUUUCACUUCCGCUUCCGGCACUAUCCGUCCCGCCUCCGCUACUGCGACCGCCUCGACUCUCCCGACUCUCCCGGCUCUCCCUCCCACUUCCCCCUCCUCCUCCUCGGACCUCUCCUCCGCUUCUCGCUUCUCCUCGUACUUCUCCUCCGCUCCUCACCUCUCCUCCGCUCCUCACCUCUCCUCUCACUUCUCUCACCUCUCCUCUCACUUCUCUCACCUCUCUCUCCUGCUCGCACUUCUCUCACCUCUCCUCUCACUUCUCUCACCUCUCCUCCUCCUCGCACUUCUCCUCCUCCGACUAUCUCUCCCGUACUUCCAUAGUACGCCCCUCCUCCGCUGCUUCCCCUGUCGCUUCCGCCAUGUUGGUGGUGGUGAUGAUGGUGGUGAUGAUGGUGGUGGUGAUGGCCGCUGCUAGCGACGGCGCCGCCGCUGCCCUCGUCACCCGAAAGCUGACGGUGGUGGCUGCACAGCCUUUGUCCCCUUUCCAAGCUACUCCCCCGGCUCGAACUUCCCCCUCUAUCUCCCCUACACCCUUCCCCUCCCUCUCGUCCUCUUCCUCCUGUUAUAAUCAUUCCUCCUCCCGCUCCUGCAGUGUCACCACCACCACCGCCGCUUCGUGGGCCACCAGAACCGGGUACGCCGACGCCGACCACACUUCCUCCGCCCCUGACGAUGACCAUCCCACCUCCACUUCUGACGAUGGGCACUCCUCCUCCUCCGCCACCACUACCACCGCCAACUUUGGCGUGUUCACGAGGACAAUCUCUCCAGCCAUCGGCUAG